GAAUGCUGUAAAAAAGGAGCCAAUUUGUUAAUCAAAGGACCUGACCACUGCUCCUUGUUGCAUCAUGCUGCCAAGACUGGGCACGGCGAGAUGGUGAAAUACAUACUAGAACAUGGUCCAUCUGAAUUACUGGAUAUGGCAGACAGUGAAACGGGUGAGACGGCGUUACACAAGGCAGCCUGCCAGCGUCAUCGCGCUGUCUGCCAGCUCCUGGUGGAUGCGGGAGCCUCUCUGAGGAAGACGGACUCCAAGGGUAAGACCCCUCGUGACAGGGCUCAGCAAGCUGGUGACCCAGAUCUGGCCUCAUACCUGGAGAGUCGACAAAACUACCAAAUGGUUUCCCAUGAGGACCUGGAGACAGCAGUCUGAUGUCUGAAAACAUCAAAGAGGAUCCUUGGAAAUCACAAGGCUGCACCUGAGGCACUCGGGCAUCAUGUCAGGAAGAAGCUGAUGGAAUCAACGUGUCUCUCACUCUCAUGGAAAAUACCUGAGGACAUGCCACCAGUUUCUAAGGGCUACUGAGUCUUGCCACGGAACAGUUAGGUUCCAUAAGUUAGCCCAUGAUGGACGAGGCGGGGCACUCAAAGGUCUGUGGAAUUCAUGGGCCAUGGAAAUUUACCUUUAUUGCUUCCAGCAAGUAGCAUGAACUUCUCCCAUGUUCAUCUGUAUAAUUUAUUAAAAAAAAAAAAGAAAAGAAAAAAGGAAGCAGAAAAGAGGCUGUGGGGGAACCAAACUAACUGGGACAUUAAAAUACCCAAACAGGCCCUCCUCCAUCCCUACAGUUUUAUGCAUUCCUUUUAUUCUCCCAUUCCUCUCACUUUUCAUCAGUUAAAUAGUACCUGUUU